GCUGUGACAUUUUGUCAGACCUUAGCAGCAUCAAUGGCGGCUCGGCUUGGAACGACACCAAUGGCUGCAUUUCAGAUCUGUUUACAAGUCUGGUUAACGUCUUCUAUGCUCGCCGAUGGUCUUGCCGUUGCUGGUCAGGCGAUUCUGGCUUGUAAUUUUGCCGAAAAGGACUACAACAAAGUGUCUGCUGCUGCAUCACGUGUUAUACAGAUGAGUUUUGCGUUAGGACUUGGACUGUCCGUUUUUGUCGGACUGGGUCUAUACUUCGGUUCCGGGGUAUUCUCCAAGGAUCCUGCCGUUAUACAUCUCAUAGCCAUUGGAAUACCG